UCAAGGUCGUUAGUCAUCCGCUGCUGCUGCAGGAGACACAGAGCGCUGAGCCAGAGCUGUUCAUCCAACCCUCUUGGUCCUCCCAGGCCAGCAGGAUGAAGGAGUCCAGGCAAACAUUCCUUAAUUUAUUCUGCAUCCUCUGGUUCUUGCUGCUGCUGAAGACUGCCUCUUCCUCCCCUCUACCCCGUGGAAAAGACCCACGAGCCCCUUCGCUCCCGUUUGGGCUGUACAAAGGACACACUUGUGUUGGAUGCGUGCUUGUGGUGUCUGUCAUCGAACAGCUUGCACAGUGGCACAACAGUACAGUAAAGGCAGCUGUGGAGAGACUGUGUGACUACGUACCUGAAAAACUGCAAGGUUUCUGUUAUGUGCUUGCUGAACUUUACGGACCACACAUAGCUGAACUCAUAGACAGGGAAAUGAAUGCCGAUGUGGUUUGCCAUUCCUUGAGGCUGUGUAAACAGGAUCCAGGACAACCGCUUUGUCAUCUCUACUCUCCUCCAAAGGUGGGACUGAAUGUUGCAAUAAGAAAAGCAAAAAGAAUUUUGAAGACUUCCAAGAACCUGAAAAGCUUCAUGGGGUUCUCAAGUGUAUGCACAUUUCCUCUUCUGGCUAACCUGUGUGAGAAGAUUAAAUAUGUUCUAAGAAAUAAACUGCCUUUUGAAGAUUUUGAUGGAGAUAAAUUUAGUACCUUUCCUACAUUGAGGGGCUAUCACUGGCGAGGCAGAGACUGCAACGACAAAAACACAACCGUGUACCCUGGCAGGCGUCCUGAUAAUUGGGAUGCAGAAGGUGACUCUAACUGCAAUGGCAUAUGGGGUGUGGAUCCAAAAGAUGGAAUUCCCUAUGAAGAGAAGUUCUGCAAAGGUGCAGACUCCAGAGGGGUCGUGCUCCUGGGAGACUCAGCCGGCGCUCACUUCCACAUCCCUCCCGAGUGGAUGACCGUCACACAGAUGUCAGCGAAAUCAUUUGCUAAUCUCCCCAUGGCUUUCAGUGAUGAGUUUGACUGGCCCCAGUUCUCAGAGAUCACUGGAUUUCUCAAUUCCACCAUCGGAGGGUGGACAGACUCUCUGUAUCUACGUUUACGGAAGAGAAAUCGCUGUAAUCACAGAGACUUGCAGAACAUUUCCCAAAAUGGUGGUUCUUCAGGAAACCUCCUCUCUUUAAUAAAAAGUUUGGCCAGAAAUCAGCUGUUGGACAAUCCAGCCAUAGUUAUCUACGCUACAAUUGGGAAUGAUGUCUGCAAUGGGGAACGUGACACACUGGCCCACAUGACCACACCCAAAGAAAUGCUCUCCAAUGUGGUGCAAGCUCUGCGAUACCUGGACUCCCGUCUUCCAAAUGGCAGCCAUGUGAUUUUAACAGGCUUGGUAGAUGGCCGCUUCCUCUGGGAUAACCUGCAUGACAGAUUCCAUCCUCUAGGACAACUGAACAAGGAUGUCAUGUACAGUCAACUCUACUCUUUCCUUGACUGCCUCCAGGUGAGCCCCUGCAGCGGCUGGUUGACCCCCAAUGAGACCCUCAGGAAUCUGACCUCAGAGAGAGCAUUACAACUUUCCAAUGUCCUGAAAGAAAUAGCAAGAUCUGAGAAAUUUGCCAACUUUGAUAUUUUCUACAUGGAUUUCCCGCUGAGACAAACAGCCGAGGAGUGGCGCAAGAUGGGAGGUGAGCCCUGGCAGCUGAUUGAACCAGUUGAUGGCUUCCACCCCAGCCAGAUUGCUGCAGCCCUUGGAACAGGCAUUACCUGGCAGAAGGCGCUACACGAGUGGCCUCAAGUGCUUGGCAAGGAGAAUCCAUUCAACGAUCAGAUUGAAGCCAUAUUCAAAGAUCAAGGUGGACACUGACUUCCCAACUGCUGGAACACCCUCACGUGAUUUAUAGUGGUGCUUCCACGAGUCAAGAUGAUUAAAGAUACACACAAAAAAGGGGGGAGAGGAAGUUAUCAGAGCCAGUAGCAGUGGACAUAACACAAGAGCAUUCUUUAUAGUUUGUAUCUCACCUGCACAAGUAGGCUAUGCUAAAAAAUAAAAAUCUAAGGAUAGCUGCCAGCUAGACCAUUUAUUGUUUGAAAAUCAGUUUGGAAAUCCAUAUUUCUUUUUUCCAUAUACAGCAAACUCCUACCCCUAUCUAAUUUCUUUUCCUUCUACAGAACAUUUCUAGGUUUUUUAUUUGUAGUGUUUCAAUAGUUAAUCUGAUCCAAAAAGGAGAGGGGGAGACCCAAAACUCGUUAUUUUGCUAUAAAUUGUGUGCAUGUAAUUGCCUUGACUGUCAAUACAUUAUUUAGCUGCUAUUUGCUUAUUAAAGUGUGCCAGGAAUAACAAGGCACUACAAUUUUAAUGUGUCUGGCAGCAUCAGCACAGACUGACUGAGCACAGGUUCUCUUCCUCCAUUAAUAAGAUAUUAAGUUGACAACAUUUCAUGUAUUUAAAAAACAGGUCCCUUUUUCAACCUGUAAUAUAUCUAUGCUUUUUUUUGCCUCCUAAGAAAAAUAAUAUGCCCAGUCCUGUGUCUUUUACAGGCAUGGCCAAGGGAAUCACUGAAAAUAUUGGGCAGCCCUUACUUAAAAGGCACUUGAAGUUGGAGAAUGACUGUGUUUUUUCACCAGCUUAUCCAAUGCUUUUAGCAAAAUAAAGAAAUUUAAAAACUAGAGACAGCUCUACCCUACUUACAACCUUACUGAGGAUGGAGGGAUCAGAGAGCAUAAAACGGCAUUAAUUACGGGUGGAAAAGAUCCAGCAUAUAGCAAGCAUUAACAUGACAUGACUAAAACCCACCCCAACAGCCCAAAGCUCAGGUAGUUGCUCUGCUCCUUGUUCUGAGCAAAGCCCUUACACAAGGCUGUCACACGUGAGGCAGCUCUUGGGCUGUGGUCCAAACCCAAAACCUGGCUGUAGGACAUGCACCCACUCAGCAUUUUGAACAGGCAGGGGUUGACUUGGCUAAUACUACUUUGACUGAAGCAUAUAUUAUUGCUUUCCUAGAUCCUGAUACUUUUUAUAGGGUACAGUCAAUGCUGGGUCUUUUAUUAAGGUAUUAAGAUAGAAAUUAAGAUAUAAAUUCCUUUGGGAUGACUGCUAACACUUAAGCAAAUAUUCAAGUCACCUACUUUAGGAAAUCAGAAGGGAAUACAUUCCUUAAUUGAAUGAUACUUGUUAAUAAGGCCCCAAUUCAUUAAAGGCAUUUAGAUGUUGCCAAAAUAUCCAGUCUCCCAAGGAAUAGUUUCAACUCCAGAGAGGCACACCUGGGGAAGAUUGUUUAGCAUUAGAAGGAAAUCCCCUUGCUUCCUGUAGAAAUUCUCUUCAAACAUAACAUUCCAUGUACCCUGGCCAGGUAAAGCACCUCCUAUUUUUGUAUUACUUAUUCAGGACUCUUAUCUUUCAUUAAAUACAACACAAGGACAGAAACAUGCGCAUCCACACAUUUUUACUACAGCCCAAGUACAGCACAGGCAAUAAUUACAAAAUAUCAGAUUAUUUUCUCUACAUCAACACACAGAAGUGUAGCAAUUAAAAGCAGGA